AUGGGCCUGUUGGACGGACUAAUAACGGGCUUUGCACGCAAGAGCAAGUUUGGACGCUCGCAUUCCCUUCGCCCACUAACAAGUAAACGUGCUAAUCGUCGCUUCUACAAAGGAAACGGAUGCCGUAAUGAAGGAACGCACGCCAAACGCGGACGCUACGUCGUAGACCAGGACAAACUCCUGCAGCUCGAGGUGCCCGACCUCACGGGGUUUAAACUUAAAGCUUACGUGUCGCCAUUGACGCCCAAUCGCCGCCCGCAGUAG